UUAGUUAACGAGGAAUUAUGCAACAAUCCGAAAGCUGAUAAAAAUCAAAGAGUAAAAAUGCGAUUGAUUUCAUGUCAGUUUUCAGUUUGAUUUUAAAACGCUGUCGACCAGAUUUAAAAUGUUCGUAAUAGAGAGCAAAUACAUCCUUGUUUUUGUAACCAUCGUAGCUGGAUGGAUAGCCAGGUUGUCUACGGGAAGUGUCGACGAAGUUAAUUUUAAAGGCUAUGAAAGAGAUAGUUUUACAGACAGCAAGUAUUUCAGACACAUAAACAAUAACGAAAAGAGAAUUGUUCGCUCUGUAACAGGUUCCAGAAAAAAUUGCAAUACUUGGGCUCCGUGGGUAAAUGAGAACCACCCUUCUCCUUCGCAUAAAGAAGAUAAGGAAGUCGUCUCGCAAAGCGAUUUACUUAAUUUUUGCCCUGUGGGAAGUAUCACCAAGUUUGAAUGCAAAGACAACAAUGGCGAACCAUUCAAUAAAAACCAAACAUCGGCCGAAGGGAAAUACUUUACAUCCUGUUACGACAUCCAUGUUGGUGUAAUAUGCACAGUUUUAGACCAUACCUUAAAGCAAUGCCCUGACAUGUCCAUUCGAUAUUAUUGCUCUUGCAAUGCACAUGCAACAAGUUUGUUAUCAGUUGGGCCUUCAAGAACAACCAAAGCUUCUGGUGUGUCUGCAUCUACAACUGUAGCAAUGACACCAAAGUCACUAAAAGUUACAUCGACAUCAGUUACAGGAUCACUCGAUGUAGAGUCAACACGUGCUACUGACACAGCGGCUUUUGACAAGUUAAAGGAUGGGGCAGUAGUAAAUAAACAGACAAUGCUCGACAUAGGAGCUCUGUCUAUACCCUGGUGGGCAUUCGUACUCUUUGUUUCUGGAGUGCUGUUCGUAACCAGCAUGUGCGUGACCGUCUGUCUGUAUAAGAAGGCAACACGUCAAAUUAAGAUGAAACACACAAGCAUGAGUGUACAUCCGCUGAACACCGUGUAGCAUGGCACAGGAGAAAUCUUCACUCCCAAUAUCUGUGAUAAUAUUUCAAGGAACUGAUUUUAUGUCUGUUAUCAUUUGCUUUACAUCGACAUUUUAUUACUUUUAUAUUUUAUAUUUUAACCUAUUAACAAACUAAUAUUAUUCACAGUAUUCCGCUUUGUGAAACAACACAGUCGCUAGAAUAAGAAUAGAAAAUUCUAGUAAAUAAUGUCUCAUAAACUUUUCAAAUCGAUCACGUUUGUCAAGAAACAUAGCCACCCGAGAGGUCACUCUUUCGCAAAGUGAAAACUUAUUUUCUGAAACUGUUAAACCUUUUUUUUAAAAAAAGAUAAACAAAUAUUUCUUUGAUGAAUUUUUACCACGAUUGUUCAAGUUAUUCUGAUAAGACAAAACAUAGUUAUCAGAGAUACAAAAUAAAAUACGCCUCAUAAACAUCUGGUGAGACCUUGGAAUGCUCACCGAGUGACAAUCUACCAGGCGUUUUUCUUUCAUUUAUAAGCGCCAUUUCCCCCAAAACUACUCUUUUUCAUUAGCAACCUUCUACUGUUGAAAGCUACCUUGGGUUGUAAAGGACACGACUGUCGGGGCAUGUCUUGUUUUCCCCUUUAAAUCUCUAUGAAAAAAGUUUGAAUAUCUUUUCUUCUGAAUGUGCACACCAGUUUUCAAAGUAAUUUGGUAGAAAACCUUUUUUGUUUUAUCUGUUUGAACUGUGAAUUUUCUCUAGUACUUGUCGUUACAACUUCAACAUUUAUAAACUUUGCAGUAAAAAAAACAUUGCAAAUUUAGUAUUUAGUUUUCCUAAGUCAAAAGAUAAAAGAUUAGGGUAAAUUUCUCGGAAGCACGGGGCGCCACAAACACAGCCACAGAGCCACGCAUUGCAAAGUAGGCCCACAACAAAAAGAAGCUGUAACGGAAAAAAUAUUUUAGACGGGUUGCUUUAAAAAUCCAACAAGUACAUUUUAAUUUUAUGCGAAAUAUAGAAAAAAGGAAAAAGAAGGGAGUAAGGGGAUUGUUGCAGAUUUUUAACUUGAUAAGUAAAAAUACUGUAAGACAACUUUUCAGUAAGAACAAUGGCAUACUUUCUGCUGUGUUACUAGUUAUGGCCCUUGAUGCAACCUUAUAUAACCGGUUGUGCAUUACGAAUAAUAUGUAUGUUAAUAUACAAAACAUAAAGUUCAAAACAGCACCUCAUCAGCUCCAUAUUAAGCAGUGCAUUUACAUUUUUUUGUUGAUUUUGACUUCAAGCGACACAGUUAUAGGUCACAUGGCAAUUUUCAGAGGAAGAACUAUGGUGUGCCCCUCCAAGUACUAUAUCAUUUCGGGCAUCUGGUAAGAGUGUGUAAAAUGUGUAGGUGAUGAUGAUGUUUGUGUCCGUGUGGUUAAUUCGAUUUAAAAGGUUUCCAUGUAAAUUUCCAUCAGUACCUUAAACGCGGACAAAUAUGUAGAAACCAGUCUUUCUAAAUACGGUCAUGCAGCACAAGGGGUGAAAAACGGCAAAACCUAUUUCAAGGGGACAGUCACAAAAGAAACACGUUAUUACUAGGCUGCACAAUAAAGAGUAAACUUUGCAACAAGGAAUACUUAAAAAUACUGGUAAUUAUGUAAUAAUCAAAGGCUGUUUUGUAAUAUUUUCUGGAUAGGCAAAGUUUUGAUGAGCUAAUUUAUAUAAUUCAUUAUUAUUAUUAUUAUUACUAUUGGUAGUAAUAGUAGUAGUAGUAGUAGUAGUAGUAGUAGUAGUAGCAGUAGUAUGCAAUAUUUCUCUAGCACUCUUUUCAUGCAAAGGUACACAUUCAAAAAUACUUUGCAGAAUACAUUGCAAAAAUACCAUCACUAAUUCAGCACAAAAGUGCCCGUUUACAUUAACAAAGCACGAAUAUAAAAUACAACAUAUACACAUGUAUAGCCAAAACAAGACAAACAUUUAUACAUAUUUAAAAAUAAGUUUGGAAAUCAUUAAUAAAAUCGUCCGUCCAAAAAAAGCGGUAUCAUUAGCUUCGGGUAUGCAUUGUAUUUCUCUUAUUUUCUUUUAUUGAGGUACUUGCUUUUGCCCUGUAUUAUAGAGCCUAGACCUCUUUACCCAAGGGAAACAACUUGUUUGUCAAGUGAAGAGUUUGUUAAUCUUAAAUCAUACCAUGUUACUCCAAUGUAACAGAAAAAUAAUCUUUUUAUUUAUUUUUUUUAAUCACAGUCCACUGACCAAAGGAUUUGCUAAUAUCAAUCUUUAGUAAUUAUGCAUAAUGUUUUCAUGUUUUGAAGUAAAUGCUGUACAUAUUUAAGGAAAUGAAGGUUACCUAGUCAACUAAGUCUACAAUAAUAUUUUAAUAGAAUUGUCUCUAUUUUUCGAAAUAUUUUACCCAGAAAAUUAUCCUUUACUUACUUUUUACCGCCACGAACAUGCUAGUAUUCAAACAUGAACAUUCACACGAUCAUAAGUAUAUUGCUUGGAGUUUAAUCAUAAUUACUUAUUUUUGGAUUUAGUAUAAAGUUGAAACCUUUUCAGUGAGAACUUUUUGUCAUUUUUGAAAGGACUAACGAUAAAGCCACUAAGGUCCAAGAAGAACUGAUGGGGACUGUAGCCGAUUGUGGGUAUCACUCAUAAAAGUUAUUCCACUGCCAUACUUUUCUGUGUUUCUUCAUAUUUUUAAACAAAAGUAAUGCAAUAUUACUUUAUUGCAAAUGACAUAUCUGUCCAAUUACAUAAUUGGUCGAUCGUCAAAUUAAACUCCUUUCUAACAAGUUAAAUGUGUUACUAAC